CCUACCUUAACCAAGAAAUCGACUACAAUUGUCAACACUGCUAUUUUAGAAGCGAUUUGGAUUCUGAGUAUUCAAGGUUCCAGGGUCUAGAGAUUAAGGUAGACCCACUCGGAUUCUUAAGCCGAGAACUAGUAUUAUUUUACUUUUUUGCAUAUUAGGCGAGCGACAAAAAUUACACCUAUUCAGUCCAAUAUGGAUCCGCAUCCGCCUUUCGGCCAUGCGUUGCGGACAUCGUGUGAUAAGUGUAGGGCUGCAAAGGUGAGAUGCCAGAGGGAAGGGCAAAGCUGUGCUCGGUGUCUACAACGAGGCGAUGAUUGUGCCACAACUUUCCAUCCCCGAAAGACGUCGAAACCGGACAGGCGAGGGAAGAUUCUAGAUAUGGAAAGCCGAAUUGAGCGCAUGGAGUCGAUCUUGGCCGCGUCAGGCCUUGCAAGCGAGGCUAUCACUCCUGCCACUACUGGUACAUCAACUGAUCUGGAUGACCAACUUUCAAUGCUAUUACUUCAUGACGAGGGUUCCUCUACGUUUAUUGGCUCAGCUUCGAGUCUCUCUCUUUUCUCUCCUGCUGGAUUACAGUGGAUAUCCAGUAGGACUAAUUCCUCGGACCUUUCGGAUCUCAUCCUGAGGCGAAUACAAGCAUGCCCUCCUCUCUAUGAAUCAAUCCGCCUAUGGCAUGGUCUAGACUGUCGUGGACAAGUGUCACUUCCACCUAAACAUGUUGCUGAUUUGUUUGUCGCAUAUUUUUUUGACACACUUAAUGAUGUUAUCCCUUUGUAUCGAAGGGAUAAGUUUGAAGCUCUGUACGAACAGCAGUAUUCUUCCUGUCCCCCAAAGAGCACAUCUUGGUAUGCCUCACUCAAUGUAGUACUCGCGCUUGGCUGCCUGCUAUCGCAUGAGGAGAAUAUGAAUGUGAGCACUGAAAACUCAAUGCUGGCACCUACUACUGCAGUAGGCUACCUACAAAAUUGCUGGAAUGUUUUUGGUGAAUUGUCUCUCAGCUGCAGGGAUCUUAUGGCUGUUCAAGCGUUGUUGGCAAUGGUAAAGUCCCAUUCGGUUGAUCUCAACUUCGGCUCAGGACUGAUCAAUGAAUUCCAGGCUCUUACUUCAGAAAUCCUACUUGACAAAGAAGCCACAUACAUUGCUUUAGGAGCCGCAGUACGGGUUGCGACUUCACUCGGCUUGCAGCAACAAUUGAAGGGCCCUCGCCUUUCACCGCCGGAGGUCUCUGAGCGAUACAUUAUCUUCUGGUGCAUGUACUCUCUUGAUAAAAGCCUCAGUCUUAGGUUAGGAAGGCCUCCAGCUAUUGAUGAUAGGGAUAUAGAAAUCGAUAUCCCGGACGAGCGGCAGUUGGCCGUUACAAAUCCGAGAACUGCUGUCUUGCUCUUGGCACACAUGAGGCUUAGCAGAAUCGCCAGCGAGGUUUAUUCGGAAUUGUAUAGCGCUCGCUCAAGGAGAUACCCUGCCCUGAAAAGGUUUCGAACUAUAUCUGAUGUGGAUGCGAAACUUCAAGAGUGGUGCCGAUCUCUACCGGUAGACGUCCAACCAGGAAAGCCCAUCGCUUGCUCCAAGGAAAACGUCCGUCAUGUGAUUACAUUGCAUCUCGAAUACUUUAACUGUCUAGCAACCCUACAUCGCUGUUGGGCCUUUCAAGAUCAGCUGACGGAAUAUGACGAGUUGCGCAAUGAUAUGGCUCGCCAAGAUUGUGCUGACAUCGGAGAUCGUGUCUAUACUGGGCAUAUGAUAUGUUUGGACUCAGCUCGAAAUGUCGCGCGUCUCUUGAUUGCAAUAGACAAAUGUGGCUUUCCUAAAAGGACCAUGCUAGUUGGUCUCACACUCUUUCAUUCACUUUCGGCAUUCAUUAUUCUUUUCGCCAAUAUUAUUCAGAACCCUAGCGAUUCUUAUAUUACUGAAGACGUCCAGCUUCUGGGAGUCAUUCUCGAUUCCCUAUUCCCCAGUCUUCAAGCCAGUGGGACGUUUCUACCCAAUCUAGUCUCUGAAAUAUUUAGCAAGAUGAGGUCAAUGGCAGUGGAAUAUGUGGAAAAGGUGCAAGUCGAAUUGAAAAACGUAUCGAAACGGCCACGUCGAGACUCUGAUGAGGCGAUCAUGCAUCUUCCGCACCGCCCUGCAACAAUUAACCAUGGCCAGCCGCGCAACAAGGGACUCAUCUCCACAGCUGAUACAUACUGGACAAACGCAAGGCAUACUGCGAGCCCCAAUUCUACGGAAGCUACCAGUUUAACCGAAACGGAGUUACCGCACGAAUUAGCUUCUAGAGAUAACGCGUGGGAAUCCUUGUAUGACGGCCUCGAUAAUCUUCCAACGGAUGAGAUACCUCUCGGGCAGAAUCCUUUCAAUGAGAAUUAUAACAUGGCAUCCUUUGCUGAGCCGUUGCCAGGCUCUGUUCCUUUCAUACCGUGGUCGUUGGAUUUCGAUUUAACUGAUCUGUGGCAGUAUGGGAAACAAGAUUUAUUUGAAGGGCGCUCCAGGGAGUAGUAUUCCUGGUGGUUGUUUAAGAUAAACUAUAAUUGCUAAUAUUAUUGCUAUGCUCUCAUAUCCAUGGACCUUGCUUGAGUGUUUUCCAGAUAACAGAACA